GAGACGAAAAAAUAGCCCUGUUUUUCUUUCCGGCUGGUGUGCCUGCGCGCUAAAAGAACUCCGGGGACUUCGAGUCCAGACGCACCAAUUGCUUGUUUUGCAGCCGGGUCUCGUUAGUGGUAAGACGAGAAGCGAUAGCGAGUAGGUGGGUGCGUCGCCGAAGGCGCUCGUGUGUGUACUGUUCCAUUGCCACGCGACGGACGGCAGGAGGACGUGGGCCAGCGUGCAGGCUACGCAGCGUUUUGGAGACUAUUAAACCCCGGCGACGAUUUAAAUAUGGAGGGGCCGAUCUCCCCGAGCUCGGAGGAGGGUCCUGCAUCGCGGGAAUGUUUAACUGGGGGCGCAGGUCUCCACCGCCGUGGCGUCGCGUCGAGUCCUAGUGCGAAAGCCAGGAGCGCUCGAGGCUAGUUGAGUGCCACUCGCGCGGAUCAGAUUGAGUGUCGCGAGGUUCAAGCGAGGCGCGUUCGCUCUCCACUCCGCCCGUGCGUCGCGCAGCGUCUCCAUUUGGAUGCGCCAGCACACGAGAAAUGAACUUUGGUUAACUUUAAACGAUACGGCGCUCCACUUUUUCAGCGUUAUUCACAAACUUGGAUGCAACUUCGGACUUUCUCUCUCGCUAUCAGGCGAAAUUCAACCGUGAUCUGAAUAAUUUGGACAUGCGCGCAGGUUUAUUUCUCUGACACGCAGCUCUAACGUCCCGCACCUAUGCGCCAGCCUGGGUCCAUUUGGAGACGCCACCAGGUCGGGAUGCGCAGCCAGGGCUGUCUCCCGUAUAUCCGCUGGCCUUUGUCAGUCUAACGCUCAGGUGUCCGGCCAUUUGUGACACGCUUGGCCAAAGCCGCGUGAGGACCGAAGGAUGAGCCAAACGUCGGAACGCAGAGGAGAAACAUCUCGUUUCAAGCUUCCUCCCUGCGCUGGCUUGAUUCUGACGGGAUUUUAAUGUUUUUAUAGUUCUGGAUACAUUUUUGUUUGUCGUCCCCCCCUCCCCCCCCCGCGCAUUUUUACCGCUGGAACUUUAUUAUUCUUGUACUUAUGAUGCACGUUACGACUAUGAAUCUUUCUCCUACAGCCAGUCGGAGAGUUUUGUUCUGGUUUUUAUUAUUACAGACGCCACAAUUAAUCGUACCCCUAAUUACAGGUACGGAGGCGAGCUGCGAGCACGAGGGAGAGGUGUUACACAUCCCCAACAUCACAGACAACCCCUGCAUCACCUGCGUCUGCCGGGACAAGAAAGCAGACUGUAAACAGGAGAAGUGCCCCCUAGUGGCAGAAGAUUGCACUCUGGUUGUUAAGCAGACGGGCGCAUGCUGUGAAAGAUGCAAAGGUUGUCAGUUGAGAGGACAGGCCUACAAUAGCUCAUCUUCCUGGACCACGCCCACCAAGCCAUGUAUCACACGGCGAUGCCAGGAAGGUGUCAUCACCGAGUCAGAGAUGCAGUGCGUGGUUACGUGCAAGAAUCCCAAGAUCCAUCCCAAGAAAUGCUGCCCGUCCUGCCCAGGGUGCAUCUUUGAGGGGCGUCUCUACAAGGACAGGGAGGAGUUCCACCCCGAGGGGAAGCCGUGUGUCAGCUGCAUCUGCACCGGAGGCCGGACCAUGUGUCGCAGGGAGGUGUGUCCGGUUCUGUCCUGCCCGUCUCACCUGAGCCAUACCCCACCUGGCCAGUGCUGCCCCAGGUGUCAGGGCCAGAGGAAAGUGUUUGACCUGUCUCUGGGCAGCUGCUUGUUCCACAGCGAAGUCUAUGAGAACGGCACGUCCUUCCAUUUCGACAACUGCACCACGUGCACGUGCCUGGACUCUACGGUGAUGUGCACGAGGCGCUGCUCCCCAGCGGGAGGCUGCCAGAGCGCCCCCUGCUGCCCGGAGUGCCUCUCCUACCUGAAGACAGAGGACGUGAAAUACUGCAGGGUCAAGAACAAGAUCUACAGGGACAGCGAUCGCUGGUCGUCGGUAAACUGCUCCCUGUGUACCUGUGUGAAGGGGAGCAUUAGGUGUCAGCCCAAGCAGUGUGUGCCAGUCACCAGCUGCCCCCCAAAUAAGAUUCUGAACCGGACCGGCUGCUGUCCUGUCUGCACUGAGAAGCCAGGCGUGUGCACAGUGUUCGGUGACCCGCACUACAACACGUUCGACGGGCGCACGUUCAACUUCCAGGGCACGUGCGAAUACGUGCUGACCAAGGACUGCUCGGCGGAGGAUGGCUUCGCCGUGCUGGUGAAGAACGACGCCAGGAACACGCGCUCCUUCUCCUGGACCAAGUGGGUGGAGCUGCGCGCGGGGGGCGUGGCCAUCAGCCUGCACCAGCACCUGAGCGUGCGGCACAACGGCACGCGCGUCGCACUGCCCUUCCACAGCACCGGCAUUCACGUCGACCUGGACGGCUACCUACUCAAACUCACCACCAUCGCAGGCCUGGAGAUCACGUGGGACGGCGACAGCCUGGUGGAGGUGGUGGCCGCGCCGCACCUGCGGGGCCGGCUGUGCGGCCUGUGCGGCAACUACAACGGGCACAAGCGUGACGACAUGGUGAGCGCCGAUGGGCAGCUCAAGUUUGACGUGGACGAGUUCGCCGAGUCGUGGCGCGUGGAGGGUGGCGAGGCGUGCCAGCGGCCCGCGCGCCCGCCCACGCCUCACCUCUGCCCCGGCAUGGCCAAGGCCAAGCUCCGGGCUCAUCGUGCCUGUCAUCGCCUCAAGUCCUGGGAGUUCCAGAAAUGCCACGCCGUGGUGGACUUUGCCUCCUUCUACAGGUCGUGUGUGACGGAUAUGUGCGAGUGUCCCGUGCACAAGAACUGCUACUGUGAGUCCUUCAUCGCAUACAGCCGCGCGUGUGAGAGGGAGAGUGUGCGUGUGCUCUGGAGCCCGGACCAGGCCUGCAUGACCACCCAGUGUAAGCACGGCGCCGUCUACGACACGUGCGGCCCGGGAUGCAGCAAAACCUGUGACAACUGGAACGAGAUCGGCCCGUGCCCCAGGCCCUGCGUGGCUGGCUGCCACUGUCCGGCCAACCUGGUCCUCCUGCAGGGUCACUGCAUCAAGCCCACGUCCUGCCCCGGGCGGUGACCCCGGUGACCCUGCCGAGGGCGGAGGGGCCAAAGACUGGUUCUUGAGCUCUUGGACCCCCCCCCCCCCCCCGACACCCACUGGACCACGGGGGGGGGUCAUGGUGGCCCCACUAGAAGUGCCCAUCAUGCAUCUGAUAAGGGUGGUUGCAUAGGGGUAAGUUUUUGCUACGGUGCCUCUCCCCGUGGAGAAACAGAGGACUCGACACCCACGGCGGAAAGACUCCAGCCACGGGUCACGUCAUGUCUGCUCUUGUACACAUGAGACUCGCACGUGCAGUGGGUGGAGGGAGCUUGAUGGGACACGUCCUGUUACCUGGCCUCCAGACAAUGCAAAACCUCAGACUCCAGCGACAGCUUCGAACACACAUGCACCUGUAACAAGGGCUGAACCUAUAGGCAACAUUAAACCAACCUGGCAUAGAUAAUACAUUUUUUAAAAGUAUCAUAAUAAGAACCUAAUUUUAUUAACCUUGACUUAAAGGGAACUAUUUAUGAAUUUGCUGUUUAUGUAGAUUUUGUUUAAUGUUUUGUUUAAGCUGUGACUUUAAAAACCAUUAAAAGCUCACAGGGGAACGUUCUGGAGUGACCCAGGCUUUGAGGCCAUUACAUGUGCAUGCGCACACGCCCGUGUUUGCGUGUAUGUAUGCGUGUGCAUGCAUACAUACAUACAUACAUUUCCCGGACUAGUAAGCAAUUAUUUAUGAUCAGUAUAAGACCCCAUACCCUCCAGUAGAAGUCACGUGUGCGUAUUUGCCGUUCGUCUUAUUUCUGCUUGGUUUUGCGGUACAAGGCCAUUUACAGGGCAGAAGGCUAAUGUUUUGCCCCCAUGGUGGCAAAAUAUUCCGUGAUAAAACGAACUCCUCCGUUUUCAUUCAUUUAAAAUGCGGUGCGAAUGAAUUUGGCUGCACACAGGGACACGGUUUAAAGGAGAAAAUACUUAAAGGUGCGGUGUGUAGAUCUGUAUCAUUCCACUGAGGCUUUUAAUAAUACAAGCAAAAUAUUGUGAUAUUUGUUACGUAGCUGCUGAUUUUUACACACAGCACCUUUAAGAUAAUUU